GCCUCGACCGUGUUCUAGUGCAGUGCAAUCGCAGGAUGGACGCCAUUCGCGCUAGAUAAUUUUUAUAUAAAUCAAAAAGAAAAAGCGUCGUCGCACGGGCUAGGAGCUAUGGUGAUAUAGUGCGUAGAGUGCGAUUCCGUGGUGGUGCUUCAAUCCGGCGGCGGCGUGGAGGUCCUCGCGGGGCGCGGAUGGCGAGCGCGGGCUCGCCCGGGGGCACCGCUCGCGCUCCGCCGCCGGCCCGAUGAGAGGGGCACGCUCCAAGCACCUCGACUCGUUUUAUGGGUGUUUGCGUGAGCUGCCGGCGCCGAGAGCGGAAGAUCCCAGAAAAGCGGUCGGUGCCGGGAGUGGUUGGGCCCGCUAAGGGCGCGGCGGCGGAGCUGCUGCCCAGGCCAGUGAAUCGCUUUACAGCCAUGGCAAACUCCAUGUCAAAUAUCAAGAUGACCAACCCGAUAAAGAAUAUGGUCAGCAAGCGCAGGAUACGCUACACCAAGCACGGAUUCAACCUGGACUUAGCCUAUAUCACAGACAGGCUGAUAGCGAUGGGUUUCCCGGCCGAGAAAUUGGAAGGAGUAUACAGGAAUCACAUAGACGAAGUGUAUAGGUUUUUAGAGACAAUGCACAAGGAUCACUACAAGAUAUACAACUUGUGCUCCGAGAGGACAUACGACCCGAGCAAGUUUCAUAAGAGGGUGGAGAGAUAUGCCUUCGAAGACCACACCCCUCCCCACAUGGAGCUGAUACAGCCAUUCUGCGAGAACGUGCACAGUUGGCUCAGUGCGGAUACAAGGAACGUUGCCGUCGUACAUUGUAAAGCGGGGAAAGGUCGGACCGGUACAAUGGUCUGUUGUUAUUUGUUAUACAGCGGGGACCAGCCUAAUGCAGACGAAGCGCUCAAGUUCUACGGCAGGAAGAGAACUCUAGAUGAAAAGGGCGUGACGAUACCGUCGCAGCGGCGCUACGUGGAGUACUACGGGGCGCUGCUGCGGUCGGGCGUGGCGUACCGGGCGGGCGCGGCGCGCGUGCAGGUCCGCGAGCUGCGCAUGUCGCCGCCGCCCGCCGCGCACGUGCCCGCCGCCGCCGCGCCGCCCGACCUCGUGCUGUGCCAGGCCGACCCGCAUGCCGACCCGCACAGCGAACACAACGUGCUCGUGCUCAAGACGCCGCCCGGAUGCGUGGAUGUGCAGCGAGACGAGAACAGCAUCCGCAUCUGCCUGACGCAGUGCACGCCGCUGUUCGGCGACAUCAGAGUGGACGUCUACAACAAACCGAAGAUGAAGAUGCGCAAAGAGAAGCUGUUUCAUUUCUGGUUCAACACGUUCUUCGUUACGGCCGAAGUCGGAGCCCAAAGAAUACCGCCAUUACCUGACAGUCCAGACCUGGAGACGUACAAGCUGACCCUGAACAAGUGGCAGCUGGACGACGCCCACAAGGACAAGCAACACAAACAUUACAGCCCCGACUUCAAGGUUGAGCUGAUAGUGGAGAAGGUGCCGGACUCGUCGACGUACAGACCGGCGUGCGACCGCACCAGGUCGCCGACCUCCUCGUCCUCCUCCUCCGGCUCCGUCGGCUCCGACCCCGAGACGGACGGGAACUGGGACUCUGGGACGGUGUGCGAGCGCGUCGGCCAUUACCGGCAGCUGUCCCCCGACCACACGUGAAUCUACGUACUUGUGAGGGCGGCCCGUCGGCUCGGAACCUCCCCGGUCCUCCAAUGUAACGUACGCUCACUCUCUCCCUCGCCGCGGCGGAGGCUUCACGCGCGGUGCAAGACUUCCCCGGAGCCUUUACUGAACUUGUCGAACUAGUGUUUUGUGUGUGUUUCAAUUGUGUAGAGUUUAUUAUAAGCGGGUUGUGCCAUUGCCGCGUGCGGACGGAUAAAGGAAACGGUUCGAUCGUGAACUUGUGAUAAUAAUGUGUGCUGAAAGACUUAUUGAACUAUGCAAUCUUGGUACUAGACGUCGAUGCGUCGAUGUUUUUUUUUUUUCGUAUUUCGUAAUCUGUUCGUACUUGAAGCCUUCGACGGUUACUGUCACACGCUGGUCACAAGGUAGGUUCUCAUCUAAAUGUUACAACGCAAAUCUUAUGACGGACAUGUAUAGUUGUCGGUUUUUUAACUGUACGAUAUAUACGUCGCGGUGUUGUUUUCAACUUGGUCGCAGAGCCACCCGCUCGCCGCCCUCGGAGUUUGUACGGCAGAUUUUUUUAUACUCUUUUUAGUUCUUUUAAAUAUUAAAAAAAAUAUCGAACGAAAAUUUUUCAAAUUCUUUUUCAAUUGUGUCUUUGAGGUGUAAGUUUUGACGUGUUCCCGUAUUUGACUCGCGCGAGAAUCGACUUUGAAAAAUUUGCGUUCAGACUAAGGUACUUUUUUUACUUUGUUGAAGGAAAUAGCGUAGGUGUUAGUUAGAAUACCGGCCAGUGUUGAGGAAUUUUUUUCUUUUUAAUUCAAAAUGUAUGGGUUUUUAAAAAUAAACAAAAGUGAUGCGGAGACAUAUAUUGUUCGAAGCGAUAAGUGUAUUUGUAUGAAAUGUCGUUUUCACUUUGGUGUAUUAUUCAUUAGAGUUCAUUGUUAGGAUUACAAAAAGUCGACAUUUAUAUUGAUCACUGCUCAUUCGGAAGUGAAUUUCAUUAGUUCGUCAUUAAAUCGUUUACGAGAUGUGCCGUUCAAAACUAAUCGAUUUUAAUCGAUGUUUUAGUGUUGCAACACGAUUUCUUGUCGAUACAAUUUAAUUGUAAAAUUCACAUAAUAUAGAUUUUUUUACGAACGAAGUCAAACCUUGAUCCGCCUAUCCUCAAUGAAAAAUAUAAAUAUGAUAACUAGAAAUAUUAUUAUACAAAACACGUUUCUAUUAUGUGUAAUUGUCUUCUUUUUGUAAUCGAUGAAAUAUUAAUUAAUCAGAAAUACUGGUUAUGACUUUGAAUAAAUAAAAAACAAACCGAAAUAGGGACUUAAUAGGGAACCAAUUUUUUUGGUGGUGCUCUUAAGUUCUCGUAAAUUUUAUAUAUUUAAAGGGCAACUCUAUUGUCAUCUUAUAGAGUCAUCGACCUUGUCUUGUUCGUUUAUCGACAUGAAAAAUUAAUUUAUCGAAACGUUCGCUCUAGUUGAAAAAAAAAAAAGCGUAUCGAUAAAUGAACGCGAUUAAUUCAAAAUUUGUGACCAACGUUAAAUCUGCCAAAAUAUUAAAUGAAUACAAUUUUCUUCUAUAGACAUACAUGUGCACCAUCCUUUCUGUUAGUUAAUUGCGAUAUUACAAAUAAUAAAUGUAUAUUUACGUUUUUUUUUUUUUUUAUUUGUACAAGAAUAACAUUGCCGUGUGCUCGAGGCAGUAAUACCCACCAGCUUAAUUGUAUAAGUAAUGUACGGACAGUUAAUCGUUUUGUAUAUUUAACUGAAGAUCUCACAACUGCCGUCGUUUAAUCGUUUUAAUUUUCGUUUUGUUUUUUUAGGCUUUACGAGAAUAUAUUUGGGGUAAAUUUUUUUUGUGACUAGCAACACGCAUGUUUUUUUUUUUUGUUCGAGAAAUACUCUAGAUUUAAACGUCGAUCAAUAGGUUAAACGUGUAACGGUUUUAAAAAAGGGGUUUUAUUAAGUUUAAUAAAGCCCAAAGUAACUGCGGUUAUGUAAUUAUUGAAGAAAAAAAACUUUUCGAAUUGCUGUUUUAAGACAAGGAAUGGAUUUUUUUUAGAUUUUAGGUUUUUUUUUAAUAAUUGACAGUUCUAGUAAAAUCUCCUCUUUACUACUUAACUAGAGUUGAAAAAAUAGAAUACUUGUACAUAAUAAAUUAACAUUUCUUCAUUAAUAAUGUAGAUUACUGGAAUAAUCUAGGCCAAGGCUGUCCAAACCACUGUUUUAUUUUGGUUUCGCUCGUAUGGACUUAUAAUAAAAAUACAUAUGUUCAAAUACAGAUAAAGUUUAAUUCACAGAAUAUAUUUGAUGUAAAAACUUCUGAUUUUAAUUUAAAUAAAAAAAAAAA